AUGCAACCUUCAGCUAAGUAUGAUUAUUGUACACUACCAAGGAUCAGUGGAAAAACAAAUUAUCAAUCAAAAUGGAUUGAUUUUAAUAUAAUGAAAACGAAUAAAUAUGAUUUAGAAUAUUUAUUGGAUCGUUCAGCUCGAAAAUUACGGUAUAAAUCUAAACGUACAAAAGAAUAUGUACAUAAAUUGAAUGAUGUUAUUAUUAAAUUAAAUGGAAUUACUUUUGAUACAUUAGUAAAUAUUCCUUCGCAUAUAUUUUAUUAUUCUAUUAGAAAUAUAAUUCGAGAUCUUUUACUUGAUUGGCAUUUUUCAUCGGAAUUAACGGAAGAAGAAACUUAUCUUCUUCGAAAUUCUAUACUUUUUUUUGAUCGUCUUGUUAAUAUUAUUAAUGAUGUUACAAAAUUAACAUUAUGGUUAAUUGAACCAUCAUUAAUUAAUUCGUUAGCUGACUGUAUGAGUGAUAUUGAUCAACUUCUUUAUGAUAAUAGACAAAAACAAAAUUUUAAGCAAUUAAUACGUCUCUUCGAUAUAUUUAAUAAUUAUUAUCAACGAUUACCAGUAAAAUUUCAAAAUGAAGAUGGACUUUAUGCUUUAUUUAAAGGAACCAUGGAUUGUCUUGUUUCAUCAAAAUAUGAACGAGCUUUUAAAAAAUUAAAACCUGAUGCUGAAUCAAUGACAAAUGAACAGAAAUUUUUUCUUAUUAAAUGUCCUUCAUUUUUUAGUUCUUAUCGUGGUUCACAAUCAAGUAAAGUUAUAGAACAAUUAUUAGAUACAAUGGUACCACGUUAUGCAUCAUUAAUUGAUAAACAUAUUCAUUCAAUAAAUGAAUGGAAAUCUCCUAUGAUACAUGCAGUUCAUCAUCUUUUAUUAACUGUCAUUUAUGCUCGAGGUUAUUAUGCACCAUAUGCUACCGGUCAACCAUUACAAUGGCUUAUUGAUCAUAUUGUUCAUAUUAUUAAUGAACCAUCAUUUAUAACUAAAGUUAAUGAAAAAGCAACAAAUCCUGAAACAUUAUUAAUUCAUUCAGCACUUCGUACAUUAACUGCAUUUGUUCAUGAACCUGAUUUACUUGUUUAUAUCAAACAACUUAAAAUAACCUCGAUAUUUCGUUCAUUAAUUUUAUUACCAAAUGAAUCCAUUGUAUUACAUGCAUAUGUUAUGUUAUCUUAUACAUUAGAAGAAAAUGAUAUAAAAGCAUCGGAGAAAGAUUCAGGUCGUUUACUUUCAAAAAUAUUUGAUUCAUUAAGAAAAAAAACGAAAUCACUUUCAGUUUUAAAUAAAAAUGAAGAAAUUACUGAACGUAAUAUUUCUUUACUUACGGAAGCUUUACAAGUUCUUGUUCAACAUGAUCAAAUUAAAACUGAAAUAUUAAAACAAAAUGCUUUACCUUUAUUGGUUAAUAGUUGUCAACAUUUUAAUGAUCAAUCGAAACGUUUAGUACUUGAAUCACUUGGUUCAAUAUCAUUUGAUGUCGAAGCAGCAAGAUUAUUACGUGAUAAUAAACAAUUUAUUAAAUCAAUGGAAGAUAUGCAAAAAACAACUGAUGACGGUAUAAGAAAAGCAGCAGAAAAAAUUGUUUGGAAUCUUCAAGAAACUGAAAGAGAAAAAAAACUAGUAAAAGAAAAAUUUGAAUUCGAUUAUAAAAAAGAAACUGAUUCUAAAAUAGAAAAAUAUCAAUAUGAUAUUAUGAUAUCAUAUUGUCAUGCUGAUAAAGAACUUGUUUGUAGAAUAUAUGAAUUUUUAUCUGAUAAAGGUUUUAAAAUUUGGUUUGAUCGAGAUAAUAUAUAUGGACCAGCAAUGCAAUCGAUGGCUACUGCAGUAGAAAAUGCUGAAUAUGUGAUUCUUUGUAUGUCGGACUCAUAUAAACGUAGUGUUUAUUGUCAAGCUGAAGCUGAAUAUGCAUUUCGUUGUAAACGACGUUUAUUGCCAAUUAUUGUACGACAAGGUUAUCGAGCUGAUGGAUGGUUAGGUAUAUUACUUGGUACUCGUAUUUAUAUAGAUUUUGGUCGAUUAGAAUUUAAAACAGGAUGUGAAUUAAUUGUAAAAGAAAUUUCAUUACAAAGAGAAAAUCCAUAUAGUAAUAAUGAAAUUACAAGUGGAUAUAUGUCAAGUGAUGAAAAUACACAUGAUUUUGCAUCGGAUAUAAUGCCAUUAACAAGAACAUUAAGUGAAAUGAUGGAAAAAUCACGUUUACCUGAGGAAUAUACAACACGUAAUACAUUAAAAGCAACUUAUCGUUCAAUAUCAAUUAAUCGAUGGACAAGAAAAGAUGUACUUGACUUUUUAUAUGAUACAAAUCUUCAUUAUAUGAUGCCAUUAUGUGAAUUUAUGACAGGUUAUGGAUUAAUUAAAUUGUUUCGAAUAUGUCAAACAAAACCAAAUCAAUUCUAUUGUCAAUUAAAUGAAGAAUUAAAUGCAAGAUUUGGUGGUUUACGUUUACCAUUAGGUGUUUUUACCGAAUUUCUUAGUGAAAUCGAUCGAUUAAUUGAUUCAGCAUCUAUAAAAGAUAUUGAACAAGAUGCAUUUGAUUCUCGUGCUAGUUUAACAUCGAGAUCAUCAUCAUUAUCACCAACAUCAACAAUUAUUAAACAUUAUAUAAAAACAUCAAGGUCAAGUUCAUUAUUAGAACCAUUACAAAAACCAGAUUAUCCACCUCCUUCUAUAUCAUCACCUGUACAAACUAUAUCACCAACUCUAACAAUAAUUCAAUCACAACACAUUCCUCAUGUAACUGAACAAACAAAUGAUACAACAGAAGCUCUUACUCCAUCACUUUUUUCAUAUGUUGAAUCACUUCAAGCAACAUUUUCUACUCGUUCGAAAUAA